UACUACUAGCCAGCUGGGGACGGUCGCGGAACUGAGUACUGCUUGAUGGCUUUCGAUUCCAAAGAGAAGAAGAGAAUAUCAGGCGCGCGGAAGGCUAAAUUUGAAUCAAGCAAAACAACGAAGGCUGUUCACAAUGGCUCAGGGCCACAAAUUUCCCGAACUGAUUGAGACCGGGGAGGAUCUACUGGUCUACAUCAACAGCAGUGGUCCAGAGAAACUGAAAGGCCAACUCCCGGCGCUGUUUGAUACAAUACUGGAAAAACAGAAGGUCAUGACACAGAUUCUAAAAGGCGUCGCAGAGAUGGAGGAGAAUGUGGGUCAGAGGCUGCUGGACUUGGAGGAGCAGAAGAAGCACAGGAAGAAGGAGCUGGAGAAUGUGGAGGAGCAGCUGCAGCAGUGCAUGGCAAAAAGUCAGAUCACAGACUCAGAAUUGCAGUUUCUGCAGUCAGAGCUGGAGAGUUUGAGGAGCUCAGAGAAGGAACUUGAGGCUCUUCAAAAUGAGGUGGAUGAAGACACCACUGAGAUUAUCCCAUCAGCUGUAUACGUGGCUCAGCUGUAUCACCUAAUAACCAAGAUCAAGUGGGAAUAUGACACCCCGCCCAACAUUUUGAAAGGAGUGCACUACGGCCCAGAUCUGGCCACUCCCAUCAACAUCGACACAUCUGCACGCUCUCGCAGCGACACAAGCGAUCAGCUGUGGAGCUUCGUCAGCUCUGAGUGGUAGACAACGAGCCGAUAGUUGUUUGUUUUUGCCUCGUGUUAAACUGAUAAAAUCUAUUCACAUUUAUGCUUUAAUGCUUGUUGUCUGCAUUGGUACGGCAGCAUGGACUGAACGAUGUCUGCUGAGCAGGAGUUGGUCACUAGAUGUCGCUAUAGAGCUAAUAUUGAAGCCAGUGAGGGUUCUUUAGGGCAGAUUUAGAGCAAGGAUUGCUCUAUUACUGUGUUUUAUUAAUAAACAUGUAAUUAGAGAUCUGCUGUUUAGUCAGAGCAUCUUAACUCAGAAACAAUAUUUACCUUUUGGAUUUCCUAAAUAAGAUCUGCUUCCAAACUGUUUUUUUUUUUUAUUAUUUGUUUUACUUUUGUUUUACAACUGAUCAUAAUGUCUUCAGUACUAUAACAUUUAUACAUUCAGCUAAAUUCCCCAGAUUUUACUGUAUUAUUUUCCAACCAUUAAACUAUUCUGUUUA